CCUUUAUUUUGAAACCGGAAGCGAUUUGAAUCAUACCGCAGUGACGCUCUCAGCAGCCGCGGACGCACGUGGACAACAACAGGACUUUAAUCUCACCUUAACGACAGCCGUCCGAAUCCUCCACAACCGCCGACAUGACGGGGAAAGGGAAGCAGCGGACGGAGCUGCCGUCCGAAUCCUCCACAACCGCCGACAUGACGGGGAAAGGGAAGCAGCGGACGGAGCUGGCGGCCAUGAAGAAGAAACACAUGGCGGCGGCGAGCAGCAGCGACGACGAAGACUCUGACGUGGAGAAGAACUUCGCCCUGCUGACUGAGAGAGGAGGAGUGGAGGAGGGAGAGCAGUACCACGAGGAAGACUGCAGUGACGAUGACGAGGACGGUUCUGAUGGUGGUGAGGAAGACGAGGAGGGAUCAGAUGCUGGCGAGGAGGAGGAGGAUGGUGGUGAAGAGGAGGAGGAGGAUGGAGUCAGUGCAGCCUCUGACGACGAUGAUGAUGAUGAUGAUGAUGAAGAGCCACAGGAGGCUGGGUGUAGCGGGGAGAUCCAGACAAGAGAAGACAUUAAAAGCGAACUCUCCAACAUGUCCUUCGAGGAGAUCCUGAAGCUGCAGAACAAAGUGGGAACCAAAGUGUACAACGAGGUGGCGUACGGCGGCGGGAAGAGCGGCGGGGCGCGCAGGAAGAAACGCCUGAACAAGAACAGGCCCAUGGAGAUUUCUGCCAAGAGACCGGCGCCGUUCCUCCGUCAGGUCGUCGCCGUCAGGAAACCGACGCUGAGAGAUCCUCGAUUUGACGACCUGUCCGGAGAAUACAAACCCGAGAUCUUCGAGAAGACGUACAAGUUCAUCGACGACAUCAGACAGAGAGAGAAAGAGGUCGUCCAGAAGCAGCUGAAGAAGACGAAGAAGGGCAACGAGAGGAAGGAGAAGCUGCAGUUCCUGCUGAAGAGGAUGGAGAACCAGGAGCGAGCGAGGAAGAACCGAGAGCAGCAGAGAGAGAGAGAGCUGCAGUUCAAGAGGCAGCAGAGGGAGCUAGCCAAUCAGGGGGCACGACCGUUCUUCCUCAAGAGCUCCGACAAGAAGAAGCUGCAGCUGGCUGAGAAAUACCAGGAGCUGAAGAAGAGCGGGAAACUGGAGAACUUCCUGAGCAAGAAGAGGAAGAGGAACGCCGGGAAGGACCGCAGGAAGCUGCCCAAACAGCUGCAGAACCAGAAGGCUGCGUGAGGCGUUCAGGGGCCACACUGACCCGCCUCAGCCUGCUGGUGGAGCUGUUUGACUUUAUGAAGCUGGAUGAAGGACUGACUUCAUCUGUGGUGUGUUCGCUGAUGCUCGGAUCCCGACAUUGAAAUGUUCUGAAGCAUCAUUGUGGUUCGAGUGUUGGUUGUUUAACAGGACGAAGAAUCUCACCUCAAGAGCUGCUUACAGCCUUUUCUCCAGGAGGGACGGCGUUCGCUCAGUUGUCCUCACGUAAGACUGGAACUUGUUUCAGCAAAUGAAAUGUAGGAGAGUCCAUGAACACACCGUCAGUGAGACCUGCUGUGUGUGAAGAUAAUGUAAAUGUGGUCUGGAGGAAAGACUGACGGUCGCUGUUUCCUUGCAGGUUAAUUAAUGUCCGUCUGUACAGGAAACCUCUUCAGAAACACUGAUUUAUGUUUUUAAUAAACCUUUUAUUCAGUU